AUGGCGUCUUCAGCGCUGCCACAAGCUCAUCAUCCGAUGGCUCAGCCUUCAGAUACAGCGGGUCCUUCUCAGUUUGAUGUUUCCGUCAAGGCGAACUUCUCGAAGCUGCCACGGUCCGUGACUUGGCGCUUGUUGUUGGGUUUGAUCAAGUCUCCCAGUCAGAACACGGCAAUUUUGCAAUUGGAAGAUGUUAUUCAAUUCAACAAUCAGUUGUUACAGGAAGAAGUGUCCAACUAUGCACGGCUGAAAGAAUUGUACACACCUCAUUUGAACGAAACGGACGCUCCGAUCGCUCCUGCUGCUAAUUCCACCAAAACCACUGGUGAUGACCCUAUUGAGACACCCGAAGCGAACAAACCCCCACCUACGGCUCCAGAUUCUUCUUUGGAUUUUUUUGAUCCUCUGACGGCAAUGAUGAUGGAGCAGCAAGCGCAGGAAGUUCGAAGACAAGAACUGGAUCUGGCCUAUCGAAAGGAAAAAGCACGGCGGAACCGAGGACUCUCGGAUCCAGGGGGCAAGGUAAUAGAAGACGACGUCGAUGCAGAUGGAGCAAAGAAAUUAGAUCGAGAGGCGCUCAGUAUCAUUGACAAGGAUCUUCAUCGAUUACCGAAACCCUCUGUCACGGAGGUUGUAGAAGGGGGUUUCAGCAUUACCACGACUUGGGAUACACCUGAACAGCAGCAAGCAUGGAUUGAGGCACUACGAGAGAUGCUGUACAUUUUCUCACAAGAGAACCCUCACAUUGGAUACAGACAGGGGAUGCAUGAAGUUGCAUCCUAUCUAUGGCUGGUCCUAGUCAUUGAUCGACAACGGCAAAUGCUUUUCAGUGGCCCUGGGGAUCAAUCUGAGCUUCUGGCGCUAGUCUUUGACAGACCGGCUGCCUACACCAUGCUCCGAUCCAUUCUCGGGCAUGUCCGACAGGCCUUUGAUGUCAAGGUGGCUUCCAAUUCACGGCCGCUAGAGGACAUGUCACAUUCUAUAUUGUCCAAAAUUCAACAAUACUAUCAGCACCAGGGACGCCCCGACCGACUAUGCCCCCUGUUGAAAUCUCUGUCGGUACCACCCCAGUUGUACUGCACUAAGUGGAUCCGGCUCUUGUACUCUAGAGAGGUCGUGGGCGCCUCUAAUGUGAUUAUUCUUUGGGAUGUCUUUGUUGAACUGGUGUCGGAGGGAUGGGAAUGGAUGGCGCUGUUGGAGACCACGGCGGCCAGCCGUAUCUUGAUGUGCCAGGAUGAAUUGCUCAAGCCCGAUGUCAGUCCUGAGGCCCAUCAUCAUCGGGUCAUGGACUCACUCAUGAAUAUGCCUCCUCUCAACAAUAUGGAGCCCUUGGUGAAGCAGCUCAAUCUACUAUUGGAUAUGCAAAAGUACCAGCAAAUGCACCCCGAACUGGGUACCAUGGGAGGUGUUGAUGCUACGUCGGCUGGUAAACAGCAACCUCAUAAUAUGCAUCAACAUCGUCAUUCGCGCCAUCACUAUCAACAACAGCAGCAUCACUAUCAACAGCCACCCCAAGGGAAUCAAGCUCUUGGCAAGAUCGGUGGCGAUUUGUUUAAUUUGCAAGCUGUAAAGCAGAGUCUAGAACAGGGUGUGGAACGGCUGUCUUCGAGCAGUGAUACGUGGAGGAAGAAGUUGGAGGAGGGUUGGAACGGAUUGAAACCACAACCAUUGCCUGGUCAACAACCUCAGGAACAACACCUUUAUUCAGACAAUGGGAGGGUGGUCAACACAGCAAUGUUCGGUGAUGACAGCAUUGGCGAAUACAAGGUCAGGCAAACGCCACUGAAUCCGCAACCUCCACAGUAUGGCUUGUCACAGCAACCUCAUCCCAUGCAGCCUCGGCAACCCCAGCGCCUGCAUCAACAGGGAUACUCUACAGCUUCAACCAGCUCCCCAUUUGGAGCGGUUCAAGGAACUGGAAUGAACGGCACAAAUGCUGCUCCCAUGUCGGCUCUAAAUCUGCCUCAUCACCAACAACCCACUCAGCAGCAGGCAAUCUCCAACAACAGCAAUCCGAAUCAGCAACAGCAACAAGAAAACCAGCUUUUGGCAUUCCGAUUGGGAAACAGCUGUGCUGUACUGCAAGACUUCGUCAUGUCCGUUGCCCGAGCACCCGACCAGCAGCAGCAGUUUCAAGCCGUGAACUCCUUUCAGAAUGGAGGAGCCAAUGCAACAAAGACGAAGGUGCCCAAUGCUGUCUGGGAAGCACUGGCCGAGGUGGAAGCUGUUCGAGGUAUCCUACUGCAACGUUGA